AUGGGAGAAAAAAAUUCGAUUAGAAACUUUUGUGUGGUUGUGGUAUUUUUGUGUGGUGGUUCUGGACACAAGGUGCAGCCCCAGCAGCUGCCACUACCACUUCAGAAGCUACCGCUUCACCUUCCAGUGUGCCUGCUCAGCUAUAUGGCUGGGAUUGAUGGAUCCACCGUUGUCCUGGAUUCUUUGGAGGAGGGUGCCACAUCUCCUUCCAGCAAGGCUGCUGGAAGUCCAAAACAUGUAGCUAUUCUAAUAAACCUUUGCUUCUGGAUUAUAAACAUAAUUGAAUAUCAAAGCAAUCCAUGUGCUACUGAUUACUGCAGGAACAAUCUUGCUUCUUUCAUUUGUUGGUGUUCAUCAGGAAGUUAACUGAGCUCAUCUGGAUUGUUCUACAUUAACAUUGAUGAAUGCAAGAUUUCCCCUGACCUUUGUGGAAGUGGUACUUGUGUCAAUACUCCAGGCAGUUUUGAGUGUGAAUGUUUUGAAGGCUAUGAAAGCGGGUUCAUGAUGAUGAAGAACUGUAUGGACAUUAAUGAAUGUGAACACAACUCUCUACUUUGUAGAGGUGGAGACUGUGUGAAUGUAGAAGGCAACUUUGAAUGUGACUGCCCACUUGGACAUGAACUAUCAUCAUUACAUGAGGAUUGUGUGGAUAUAAAUGAAUGUUCUCUGAGUGGCAAUAUGUAUAGAAGUGGAAAAUGUGUGAACAUGAUUGGAAUAUACCAGUGUACUUGUAAUCCUGGCUAUCAAGCAACUCCAGACAGGCAAAGCUGUAUGGAUAUUGAUGAGUGUAUGAUAAUGAAUGGAGAUUGUGACACCCAGUGUAGUAACUCAGAAAGCAGCUAUGAAUGUAAUUGCAGUGAAGGUUAUACCCUGAUGUCAGAUAUGAGAACUUGUGCAGAUAUUGAUGAAUGUGAAAAUAAUCCUGGUAUCUGUGAUGGUGGUCAGUGUACUAAUAUUCCUGGAGUGUAUCACUGUCUCUCUUAUGAUGGCUUAAUGGCUUCUGUGGAUAUGAAAACAGAUAUUGAUGUGAAUGAAUGUGACAUAAAUUCUAACAUCUGUAUGUUCGGGGAAUGUGAGAACACAAAGGGAUCUUUUAUUUGCCAUUGUCGACUGGGCUAUUCUGGAAAAAAGGGAACUGUUGGAUGUGCAGAUGUAGAUGAAUGUGAAAUUGGUGUUCACAACUGCAAUAUGCAUACUUCGUGCUUAAAUAUCCAAGGAAACUUUAAAUGUAGCUGCAGGAAAGGUUGGGUUGGAAAUGGUAUCAAAUGUGUUGAUUUAGAUGAAUGCUCUAAUGGAAGCCACCAAAGUAAUAUAAAUGUCCAGUGUGUGAACACAACAGAUUCAUACCACUCUACUUGUUUUGAAGGAUUCACUGGAGAUGAUUUUAGUUGCUUAGAUGUUGAUGAAUGUGCAGAAAAUAUCAAUCUUUGUGAGAAUGGACAAUGCUUAAAUGUCCCUGCUACAUAUCAUUGUGAAUGUGAGAUGGUCUUCACUCCAGGUUCAGAUUGCAAAUCCUGCCAGGAUAUUGGUGAGUGUUCAUUCCAGAAUAUCUGUGUCUUUGGAACAUGUAAAAACCUUCCAGGAGAGUUUCAUUGCAUCUGUGAUGAUGGCUAUGAACUGGAUAGAACUGGAGGAAAUUGUACAGAUGUUGAUGAGUAUGCUGAUCCCAUCAAUUGUAUCAAUGAUCUUUGUGUCAAUAGUCCUGGUCGAUAUGAAAGUAAUUGUCCGCUAGACUUCCAGCUAAAUCCAACUGGUGUAGGUUGUGUGGAUAAUCGAGUUGGUAACUGCUACCUGAAAUUUGGUCCCCAUGGAGAUGGGAAUCUCUCCUGCAACACUGAGACUGGUGUUGGAGUUAGUCAUUCCUCAUGUUGCUGCUCUUUGGGAAAGACCUGGGGAAAUCCUGGUGGCAGUUGCCCACCUGUGAACAGCACUGAUUAUUAUACUCUUUGUCCAGGAAGUGAGGGCUUCAGACCUAAUCCUAUCACUAUCAUCCUUGAGGACAUUGACGAAUACCAAGAAUUACCAGGUCUCUACCAGGAUGGAAAUUGUAUCAACACUUUUGGAAACUUUCAAUAUGAAUGCCCACAAGGCUACUACCUCAGUGAGGAAUCUCGUAUUUGUGAAGAUAUUGGUGAAUGUUUUCCAUAUCCUGGUGUCUGUGGGCCUGGGACCUGCUAUAAUACCUUGGGAAAUUAUACUUGUAUUUGUCCUCCUGAAUAUAUGCAAAUCAAUGGCGGGCAUAACUGUAUGGACAUGAAAAAAAGCUUUUGCUACCGAAACUACAACAAAACUACAUGUGAAAAUGAGAUGCCCUUUAAUGUGACCAAGAGGAUGUGCUGCUGCACAUACAAUGUUGGCAAAGCUUGGAAUAAACCUUGUGAACCAUGCCCAAGUGCAGGAGCAGUUGAAUUUAAAGCCAUAUGUGGAAAUAUUCCUGGAUUUACCUUUGAUAUUCAUACAGGAAAAGCUGUGGACAUUGAUGAAUGCAAGGAGAUUCCAAGUAUUUGUGCAAAUGGUGUUUGUAUUAACCAGAUUGGCUCUUUUCGCUGUGAAUGUCCUACAGGAUUCAGUUACAAUGAUCUUCUAUUGGUCUGUGAAGGUACUGAUGAAUACAACAGUGGAGAUAAUAUCCAUCAUCAAGAUGCAAACUGCCUCAAUAGUCUUGGUAGUUAGACUGAAAGUUCUGCAGGUUUCAAAUUUCCCCCUAAUAGUGAUUUUGUGGUAAGAAAUUCCUGUUUAGAAAUUCCAGAUGUUUGCAGUCAUAGCUUAUGUGUGGAUUUGCAAGGAAGUUAUCAGUGUGUCUGUCACAGUGGUUUUAAAGCAUCAGAAGACCAGACCAUGUGCAUGGAUGUUAAUGAAUGUGAUCAUCUGUGUGGAAAUGAAACAUGGAAAAACACAGUUGGAUCUUAUAACUGUCACUGCUACCCAAGGUUUGAACUUACUCAUCAUAAUGAUUGUAUAAAUAUAGAUGAAUGUGGUUCAUUUUUUGGACAGGUGUAUAGAAAUGGGCAAUGCUUUAAUGAAAUUAGUUCAUUAAAAUGUUUAUGUAAUGAAGGAUAUGAAUUUACUCCAGAUGGCAAAAAUUACAUUGAUAAUAAUAAAUGUGUUAUCCUUAUUGGAUGCUGUUCUUCUGAUGCCUGUCAGAACCUAGAAGAAUCAUUUUGAUUCAACUGCCCUCCAGGUUAUGAUGUAAAAAGUGAAAAUUGCAUUGAUAUAAAUGAAUGUAAUGAAGAUCCCAACAUCUGCCUUUUUGGCUCUUGCACCAAUACUCCAGGAAGUUUCCAAAGUGUCUACCCCUCGAGUUUUGUAUUGUCUGACAAUGGACGAAGAUGCUUCGAUCCUCGCCAGAGCUUCUGCUUCAAAAAUUUCGAAAAUGGAAUGUGCACAGUACCAAAAGCUUUCUGUACCACAAAGGCAAAGUAUUGUUACAAUAAAAUAUCAGAAGGCUGGGGUGACUCUUGUGAAUUGUGUUCCAAAAAUGAUGAAGUUGCUUUCCAGAAUUUAUGCCCAUUUGGCCAUGGAAUUGUCCCUGGUCUUCAUGAUACACGGGAAGAUGUCAAUGAAUGUCUUGAAAGCCCAGGCAUUUGUUCAAAUGUUCAGUGUAUCAACACAAAUGGAUCAUUUCCCUGUGAAUGCCCUAUGGGCCACAACUUUGAUUACACUGGAUUACACUGUGUGGAUACAAAUGAAUGUUCAAUUGGGAAUCCAUGUGGAAAUGGGACAUGCAUUAAUGUUAUUGGGAGUUUUGAAUGCAAUUGUAAUGAUGGAUUCAAAUCAGGUCCCAUGAUGAAUUGUGAAGACUUCAAGGAAUAUGCCCAGAAUCCACUGCUAUGUGCUUUUCGCUGCAUAAACACCUUUGGUUACUAUGAAUGUACUUGUCCUUCUAGCUUUUCCCUAAGAGAAGAUCAAAAGAUGUGUAAAGAUCUAGAUGAACGUCCUGAAGGUUUACAUGACUUUGAAUCUAAAGGCUUGAUGUGUAAGAAUAUGAUUGGUACUUUUAUGUGUAUAUGCCCCUCUGGAAUGACCCAAAGACCUGAUGGGGAAGAUUGCAUAGAUGAAAAUGAAUGCUGGACAAAGCCAGGAAUCUAUGAAAAUGGUCAUUGCAUUAACAUUGUUGGGAGCUAUAAGUGUGAAUGUAAUGAAGGAUUCCAGUCAGGUUCGUUAGACACUGAGUGCCUUGACAACAGAAAAGGAUUCUGUUUUGCAGAAGUUCUACAAUCAAUGUGUCACAUGACUGCCAGUAGCCGGAACCUUGUCAGGAAGACAGAAUGUUGCUGCAAUGAAAGAUGGAGUUGGGGAAACCAAUGUGAACUUUGCCCACUUUCUGGAACUAACCAGUACAAAAAGAUUUUUCCUCAUGGCCUAGGAUAUGCCACAGAUGGAAGAGAUUUAGAUGAAUGUAAAUUAUGUAAUAAUGGUCAGUGUAUUAAUACUGUGGCUUCAUUCGGAUGCUUCUGUAAUGUUGACCAUACAACUGACACAAGUAAAAUAUCUUGUGUAUAUCUUGAUGAGUGUCCCCAGUCUCUUAAACUUUGCAACUUUAUCUGCAAAAACAAUGAUGGAAGUUAUCAGUGUUCUAGUCCUCGAGGAUAUAUUCUACAAGAAGAUGGAAAGACUUGUAGAGACCUUGAUGAAUGUCAACUCAAACAACAAAACUGUCAGUUCCUCUGUAUUAACACCCUAGGAGAUUUCACAUGCAAAUGCUCACCUGAAUUCACACAAAAUCAUACUAUUCAUGAAAACAAUGAAUGUGGGUAUCAACCAUUGCUUUGUGAAAUGAGAGGAAUCUGUCAUAAUAUUCCUGGAAGCUUCAGUUGUGAUUGUCAGAGAGGAUUCUCUCUUGAUUCUGUUGGUUUGAAAUGUGGAGAUGUGGAUGAAUGUGAUGGAAGCCAUAGGUGCCAGCAUAGCUGCCAAAACAUCCUCCGAGGUUACAAGUGUGGUUGUCCACAAGGGUAUAUUCAGUAUUAUCAGUGGAAUCAGUGUGUUGAUGAGAAUGAGUGCACCAAUCCUAAUACUUGUGACUCUGCCUCCUGCUACAAUACUCUUGGAAGUUACAAGUGUGCUUGUCCACCUGGAUACUCUUUUGACCAAAUUUCCAGUGAAUGCCAUGAUGUGAAUGAGUGUUCAUCAACAAACAACCCAUGCAAUUUUGGUUGUUCCAACACUGAAGGUGGUUAUCUCUGUGGCUGUCCACCUGGGUACUACAGAGUCGGACAAGGUCACUAUGUCUCAGGAAUGGGAUAUAACAAAAGCCAGUAUCUGUCAGUGGAUACAAAGGUAGACAAAGAAAAUACUUUCUCUCCUGAAGCAUACUAUGAAUUCAAAAUAAAUGGCUACCCUAAGAAAGAAAGCAAACAAAAAAGAGAUAUUGAGGAAACUGAACCAACCUUGGUUGAAAAGAUGAGCUUAGAAAAUAUAGACCUGGACACUCCAAUAAAAAUGAAAUUCAACCUUUCCAGCCUUGGAAAUAAAUUACACAUUCUAGAAUUUAUACCUGCCAUUGAAUCUCUUAACAACCACAUUCGAUAUAUCAUCUCCCAGGGGAAUGAAAAUGGCAUCUUCAGAAUACAUCAACAGGAUGGACUAAGCUACUUGCACACAGUCAAGAAAAAAUCUGUGCCUGGAACUUACACACUGGAAAUAACUAGCAUUCCUCUGUAUAAGAAGAAAGAACUUAAGAAACUAGAAGAGAGUAAUGAGGACAACUACCUCCUAGGGGAGCUUGGUGAAGCUCUCAGAAUAAGGCUCCAUAUCCAACUCUACUAA